AUGUCCAAGCCUCGUGUUAGGAAAGAUCUUGCUACCCUCAAUCAGGAUGAGCUUGAUACCCUUGUCAGAGCAUUUCAACACGUCAUCAGCCUGAAGCCAGACGACAAGAUUUCAUAUUUCACCAUUGCUGGGUAUCAUGGCCUUCCCGCACCAACUGCCCCGGGAUGCAGCAAUCUUGCUCUGCCGUACUGGAACGAAUGGUCGAAUGAAUCAAUGGAGAAGAGACUGCCCGAUCUCUUCACUCGGAAGGACUACAGGUUCAAAGAUGGAUCGUUUGUCCCGAAUCCACUGUUCUUCUACAAGGUACGAGACAGUGCGAUACCCCUACUCUGGACUGGUCAGUGCCGACUUCAACACAAAGACCUCGGAUCACAAUGCCGAAAACUACAAAGGCGAAGAGGUAAAUGCGGGAAUUGCGCAAAAUUUAAAGAAUGUCUCGAUGCCCCCAAUUACACUGUCUUCUCAAAUGCGAACUCCGCCCAGGACUGGAAUAAAACGAGGGUGAGGCGUGGUUUCCAUUCUGUAGUGGUCUCUCUCGAGGAGCCUCACAACUCCAUGCAUUUAGCCGUUGAGGGUUUCGACGUGCCCAGUAAGCUAGAUGAUAAUGUCGACGUUUAUCCAUUCGCAAACGGCGAUAUGGGUGAGAAUGACACGGCGGCAUUCGAUCCGAUUUUCUUCUUCCACCGUUGUUCCAUGGACUAUAUGUUCUGGAAGUGCUGGAUAUCCUACCUGGCCUCAAAGGCACAGCGGGGCCUCGACACGCCUCUUGAGCCAUUCACCAAGGAGAAGAUCACACCCGGGGACACGCGCCCGAUGAUAUCCAAUGAUGUCACCAACACAGCCGAUCUUGGUUAUGGUUAUCCCAGACUAAGGGGUCAUUUCAUUCUCCCCAGUCCAGGAUUCAGAAAAGGACCCAAACUCACAGCGUCUGAGAUCAACCGAGCUCGAAGCCGGGGUUCGUUCGUGAUCUCCACCUGGGCCAAGGGCAAGAAUGGCCAGCCAGACAAGCUUCUGGACACGAAAUCAGAUGAUGAGGCGUCGGACACGGAUGUCUAUGCGCUGGUCCAUACGAGAGAUAACCCUGAAGGUAUCGACACUAUCGAAGGCAAUAAGAUCCAGGCCGAGCUUGCAACAACACAGCAAGACAUCAGGGCAGAAGCCCGAGAUCAAGUCGUCAAGACACAUACUUGGCUUCGCAAAGCCCAGGCAGUGGUUGGAUCUAUUAAGUACUGA